AUGAGUUGUGCAAAAGCGUUCCUGUUUUUCUUUAACUUCAUAUAUUUGGUGAGUAGUGUGUUCUAUUCAAGUAGACUGGUCUUUGAGCACUACGUGCAGUAGCCUCGGGCGAUAUCUUUAGCUGAAUUUUACACGGUCCAUUGCACGGUUUCAGCUGGUUUUAGUUUUGGGCUUACUGUACUUUGCGAAACGAAACCAAAACGAAACGAAUCCAAAACGAAACGAAACCUUAACGAAACGAAAACAAAGUGAAGCAAACCGAACCUACUGUAGUUUUGGCAAACCAAAAACGUAACGGUUGUCCGAACUUUAAAUAAGACCGGGAAGACUAUUCCGGCCUCUGGAAUACUCUCCAACAACUCCGGCCACCGCGGUUCGCGGUCCGCAGUUCACUGAAGCGAAACAGGCAGACAAUACAUACGCACUAUACAUGUAAUAUACGUCGAUCUUAAAUCUUUUUAAAAUCCCAACUAUGCCAGUUAAAGCAGCUGGUGAUUUCAACAUUUCUUGUAAAUUGACUGUCAACGAAAAAACCCUAGCCGUCGUAGCCGUCUUGCUUCGCGAAACAUUGACGAAACAAUGCUGUUCACUAUUUUUCUCAAAUAUUGCUCAUGGAAGUCGUGCCCUAAAUAUUUAGUUCUUUUUUUUCUAUUAAAUCAAAAAAUAAUCACAUACAAUAAACUGAACAUUGGCAUUUAAAGUGUUCCAAAUUUGGCUCCUUUAUAAUAGGCCAAUUUACAGUUAUGGAUGGAAGCAAGGCUGACGGUGACCUUGUUUUGAUACAAACCUUCCUGCUUUAUUAUGUAAAUCAAGUUAUUCUUAUGCUAACUAGUAUUUUUCAAGGGCAAUUUCAAUAACAACGCAAAGGGGGUUUGUAUCAAAACAAGGUCACCGUCAGCCUCACAUUCACUCGAAGGCGAGGGCACUAAGUCCACAACUGUAAAAUGGUCUAUUUUCAAUGUCAAUGUCCUACUGCAAUCUGAUCAGUUUUGCUGGAUCAGACUCCACUUUAGCUUCAUCCUCCAGGUUUACCUCUAUGGUUAUCCCUAGGUGGUAACCUGCAGGGGUGGGGGGUCAAGGGAGGCGAUUAUUUUAAACAUUUCCAUCAAAAGGAGGUGAUUACUCGAGGGAGGCUGUUAAUCAAGGGACGGCUAUUAUUCGAGGAGAUAGGGUAAUCGAAAAAUCAAUACUUGACUGAAUUGUGCUCAUUCUGGUAUGGUGUGAAAGAUCUCUUCACUGUGCACAAGUUUGCCAAGAAAGUUGUCCUUGGCCAUUAAAACUGAUGCUGGCACAAGCAGUGUGUAGAAGGGAUGUGGAUCUGCUGUGGUGGUUACUGGCGGCUCAGGGGCAAAUGAGUUAAAUUGCAGAACACAAUGUACCAAACACAGAGUUUCGCAUUGUCACUGAUCUGCAUAUUAAGACUAGGCCCAAGUUCUUUGUAAAAGAAAGAAAGUGCAAAAAAGUGAGAUUGAGUGCUAUUUUUUAUAAUGGGUUUUGUCUUUCCCUGAUUAACCUUAACAGGCUUGUUUCAGGUUUCAAACUUGGCGUAUGAUCAAUCUUGUAGUCUUCUUGUUAGUAAACUUGGGGACAAGCCCAAACUGUGAUUCAAUGAAAUAUGGCUUACUGAUGAAACCUGUGUGUGUUUUCAGGGAGUUUCUGCAGCUAUUAUAUUUGUAGCGGCAUGGGUGAUUAAGAAGUAUGGUGAUAUCACCAAGAUCACCACAGACACUUACACACUUGUGCCCUGUGGUAUCCUAGUUGGCAUUGGAGUCUUGAUCUUCAUUACUGCACUAUGUGGAUGCUGUGGAACUUGCCGUGACAAUAAAUGCUGCCUCUCAACUGUAAGUCAGACUCUCUUCUGGCUGAUUAAUAUUUAUAGUAAACACCUUACAAUGCUCCAAUGCUGUGCUGUAACAAAAGUUGAAGGGAACCGAGUAUGCUGAACAUGUGAAAUCCAAGGUGUCCAGCAAAUUAAAAUUAACGACAAAACUAGGGUUCCUCAGUCACCCGAGAGCAAAAGUGAGGUGCCUUUUUUUAAGGAGAACAGCCCUAGGAGGUUCCAAUGGAAAAGUCCUGAUAAGAACAUGGUAGAUGUUUGAUCUUUAGUUAGGGUGUCUUUUUUCAGACAUAUUUCCAGUUCUAAUGCAAUUUUGAUUAACAUUUUUUUCUUAUUAGUUCUUUGCACUGCUCCUCAUUGUGUUUGCCUUAGAGGUUACAGCUGGAGUAAUGGGCUAUGUUUACAAGGACAAGGUACAAUAUCAAUCAUUUAAUAUGCAGUUGAACCUCCAUUUGCGACCACCUCCUGUUUAUGACCACCCAUGCAAAACAUCAAAUUUUUCCCAGCCACAACCCUAGCAUAAUAAAUAUUGCAAGGGGCGCUAAUAUUAUUAUUAUUAUUAGAACCUUGUCAUAUUCUUCGCGCACGUUACACGCGGACCCAAGUGAACUGUCACGUUUUUUGCGACUCGUUAUGUAAUGUUUUGUUUGUACAGUGAACCUUUGAUCUAAUCGAUUGACAUUUGAAACUAAUUAAUGUAUAUUCGAUUCAAGCAACGUUCUUCAACAUCGACAUCGGGGCUAGGUUAUACUGUAAAUAGGCACAAAGAAAAUUAAAGCAAUUUCAAUUACAGUAUACGAUUCGAAGUUAUUUUACAUGGCGCCCAACGUGGGGCAGUGAAGUCCACUAAACGAUUGAAAGCGAUCCGAAAGCGACAAAAAGGUAAAGGUUGAAUCAUGGCAGAAGAUUUGGAACGAUUAAAAAGCGAUCAGAGGAGGACAUCGAGGAGUAGCAACAAAGCUGAUAAGACAAGGCGAGGAAAUAUUGGAAAGCACAUUCCUUUUAACCGAAGAUUACGAGCGUCUCUUUAUCAACAACUGGACACGAAAUUGCAAACACUAAACGAUUACGACCAGCAAAUCCUAACUGUGUGUGAUGUGACAGAUAUCGAGGGCGAGAUCGAGGAUUCUCAGCGAGCUAUAGAAAAGGUUAUGGCAUGCAAACGAAAAAUCGAUUUGAAGUUGAAACAAAAAUCAAGUGGUUCAGGAGACAAUCACAGCGAAGGUCAUUCGAGUACAAGUCAAGUUCCGGCGAGAACAAGUCAAGCGAAAGCUAAGCUACCGAAAUUAACUUUGCCCAAAUUUCGAGGAGAAUACACAAAAUGGAACACUUUCUGGGACAGUUUUCAAUCCGCCGUUCAUGACAACCCCGAAGUUUCUAAAGUGGAUAAAUUCAACUAUCUCAACUCAGUGUUAGAGGGACCGGCGGCAAGAGCCAUUGCUGGAUUAACAUUGACAGCUUCGAAUUACGAGAACGCCGUGGGAAUUCUUCAGGAUCGCUUUGGCAAAACGCAACAGAUUAUCACCGCGCAUAUGGACGAAUUGAUUAAAAUAGCACCAUGCCACAACGACCGUCCAACAUCGCUAAGAUAUGUUUUCGACCAGAUAAGUGUUCACACACGAGGACUAGCUUCGUUAGGUGUAUCUCCUGAGCAAUAUGGAAGCUUGUUGAUCCCGAUAAUUAUGUCUAAACUGCCUAAUGAAAUUCGACUACAAGUGGCUCGAAACUCAACGGAUGAAGUAUGGAAAAUCGAAGAAUUGUUACUAAUGAUUAAGAAAGAAGUUGAAGCUCGAGAAACCAGCGAACAAGUAAAAACAAGUGAAAACGACCGCAAGCCUUCUACUGGAAAACCGCCAAUUCCCACCGCAAGCGCGUUGUUUGCCAAGCAAAAUGGCGGGAAAAAUAUUCCCCGAUGUGUUUAUUGCAAGGAAUUGCAUGAUUCUGCCUCCUGUGAAAGGGUUCAAAAUCUUGUUCAACGCAAGGAAAUUUUGAUGAAAGAACGAAGAUGUUUGAAGUGUUUGGCUCCAGGUCAUAUUGCUAGUUCGUGCCAAAAUGAGAAGGUUUGCCGCCAUUGUAAACAACGCGGUCAUCAUCAGUCAAUUUGCCCGACGCUUUCACCUUGUGACAGCAGCGAAAGGAAGAGAAACCAACCUGAAGGGGAUAUUACCAACACGACUACAACGAACACUGUUAGAAACAAAGGAACAGUUCUUCUCCAGACAGCGAAGGGUAUUGCUUUUAAUGAGGACAACUCGAAAUCGUCCCACGUGCGUAUAUUGUUUGACAAUGGAAGCCAGCGAAGUUACAUAACAAGCAAUUUGAAGUCAAAGUUGAAUUUGAAGCCUAUGAAAACUGAGACACUACACUUGAACACCUUUGGAGUGAAUUCAUUUCAAAGGCAAAGCUGCGAACUCGUUAGACUGAGACUUAAAAAUCAUGUUGGCGAAGAAACCGAAAUUACCGCCUUGAGUUAUCCCACUAUUUGCUCACCAUUGCCUUCCAAGGUUAAAGUAAACUAUCCUCAUUUGGAGGGUCUAGCUCUAGCGGAUAGUUUGGAUGACAGUUGUGGAGACAUUGAUAUCCUUAUUGGAUCAGACUAUUAUUGGGAUUUGGUCAGUGGUGAAACGAUUCGAGGCGAUUCUGGUCCAACAGCAGUCUCUUCCAAAUUUGGCUGGCUUCUUUCUGGACCCACCAACAAUUCACAAAACGAACCUAAUGUCGUUUCCAAUUUGGUGAUAUCUGGAGAGCCGCAUUUUUCAAAUGGAGCAAAGGAAAGCGGCGAGAUGGCAGACAUACUGAAAAGAUUCUGGGACGUUGAAAGCCUAGGAAUUGUUGACACCGACUGUGAAAGCGAAUUAAUCAAACGAAAGGGAGAAAUUAAGUUCAAUGGUAGUCAUUAUGAAGUCGGCCUGCCUUGGAAGGGUGACUGUUUACCACAAUCUAACAAUUAUGGGAUGUGUGUAUCGAGAUUACGAUCUUUGCAUUCGAAAUUGAAGAGUGAGCCGAAUUUGCUGAAGGAAUACGACAAUAUCAUUCAAGAGCAAAGAGAGAACGGGAUUGUCGAAAUUGUGCUGGAGACCGAAGAUCAAACGCCAAGGGAAGGCAACCUUAGCACGAGACGAAUUCACUACUCACCACAUCACGCAGUCGUGCGAAGAGAUCGCGAAACGACAAAGGUUAGAAUCGUGUACGAUGGCUCUGCGAAGAACUGUAAGGAGGAAUGCUCUCUUAAUGACUGUUUGGAAGUGGGAGAAAACUACAUUCCUCACAUCUUUAAAAUGCUAACUAGUUUUCGCUGGAACUCCGUCGCUCUAACCGCGGAUAUCGAGAAGGCGUUCUUGAUGGUAGGAAUCAAAUCGGAUGACCGAGACAUGCUACGCUUUCUGUGGUUCAAAGAUCUGCUUGCCGAGAAGCCAGAAAUCAAUGAAUAUCGAUUUAAUCGCUUAGUUUUUGGUGUGAGGCCAUCCCCUUCUAUCCUUGGCGAAACCAUCGUGCAUCAUCUUAAUCUCUACAAACAAAGUGAACCCGAAAUGUACGAACUGCUACGCAAGUCCCUGUACGUGGACGAUCUUUUAACUGGCGAAGAGAACGACCAGAACGGUUUCGUUGUUUAUCAGAAAUCGAAGAAGAUUAUGGCUAGCGGUGGUUUCAACCUGAGAAAAUGGAGCUCGAAUUCUCAAACACUGUUGAAAUCGAUUGAAACCUGCGUGAGUUCGCAAGAACAAGGGGGGUCGGUUGACCAUGCUACUGCGGAAGAUGAUGAGUCGUACGCUAAAUCAUCAAUCACCCCCGGAAAUUCUGAAACGAAGAACGACACAGUGGUUAAGGUUCUUGGAAUGAACUGGGACACUGUCGAAGACAAUUUUUUCUUCAACUUCACUGAUUUGUGUGAUUAUGGAAUGUCACUUCCGGCGACCAAGCGUUCUGUUUUGAAGUUGUCAGCAAUGGUAUUUGACCCGAUGGGAUUUCUCACUCCGUGCACUGUGGAAAUGAAAAUUCUAUUUCAGGAACUCUGUCUCGACAAGAUCGACUGGGAUAGCAACCUACCAAAACAUCUUCUUGGAACUUGGAAUUCAUUACUGAACGAAUUGAAGUGUUUGAACAAUGUCAAAAUACCCCGCUGUUAUUUCCGAUCAAGGCCUGUGCAAUUCGAGCUUCAUGGAUUUAGCGACGCCUCUAACCGUGCUUAUGCAGGAGUUGUUUACAUCCGAUCACUGUAUGAAGAUGGUGGAGUCGAUGUUCGUCUAGUUACCUCGAAAACAAGAGUUGCGCCGCUAAAAAGACAGAUGAUUCCACGCCUCGAAUUGUUGGGUGCUCUCAUUCUCGCCCGACUCAUAAACAGCCUUGAUUUGACCGAAGGUAAUGUCAAGACCUUUUACUGGACUGAUUCGACGACAGCUUUAUGUUGGAUCAGAAACGAAAAGCCCUGGAAACAAUACGUACAGCAUCGAGUGGACGAAAUUCGCAGGUUAACUUCAAAGAACGACUGGCGUCAUUGUCCGGGGAAACAAAACCCAGCGGACUUGCCGUCAAGGGGUACAAGUGCUAAGGACCUUACGAACAAUGCAAUCUGGUCGAACGGACCUGAAUUUCUAUACCAGCCGGAGACGGAAUGGCCAACAAAUGAGUCGACCCAUUUUGGAGAUGAAGAAGCGCUUAAAGAAGCUGCAAACAAUGCAGUUAAUAUCACUCAUUCCUUGGUGAACAGUACAGCGAACGAACCGACUACCCCAAAGGUUGACAAUUUAAUUGACAUCAUGCGAUUUAGCGAUCUGACGAAAUUGCUUCGCGUGACCGCCCUCGUCGUUAAAUUUGUAAACAAGCUGAAGAGCACAGUGCCAACCAAGUCAAGUUCUGGUAGUGGAACUGAAAUUCUUACUGCCCUAGAGUUAACUAAUGCUGAGGAACUUUGGAUUAAGGCAGUGCAAGCAUCCUCAUUUAACGAAGAAAUCAAGUUUCUACGCGAUCACAGGCAAAACAAGGCUGUGCCGCCGACUUAUGUCUCACAAUUUGGAUUAUUUCUCGAAAAUGGUAUUGUUAAAAAAAAAUUAAUGCAAAGGUCGAAUAAACAAUGCCGAAUUACUGGGGAGCGCAAGAAAUCCAAUUCUUUUGCCAGCUAAGCACGAUUUUGUUACAUUGGUUAUCAAGAAAGUACAUGCAUCAGUGAAACACUGCGGAUUGAGAGACACUCUCACUACGAUAAGAGAGCGAUUUUGGAUCUUGAGAGGUCGCGAAGCAGUAAAGCGAGUGAUCAAAAAUUGCGUGAUUUGUCUGCGAAUCAAUGGAAUGCCGUACAAGUCUCAGUCAACUCCUGACCUUCCGAGUGAACGAGUGUCUGAAGAUCCACCCUUCACGCAUGUUGGAUUGGACUGUGCGGGACCACUAAAUAUUGUCAAUGGACACGCGAAUGGAUCAAGCAAAGUUUACGUGUGUUUGUUUACAUGUGCGUCGACCAGGGCUAUACACUUAGAGCUAUGUAAAAGUCUCGACGUUCAAGAUUUUCUGUUGGCCUUCAGACGAUUUGCUAGUCGACGAGGACUCCCUGCGACUAUUACAUCAGACAACGCAAAAACUUUCAAAUCUUCGAGUAAGGAGAUCAGAAGGAUCACAAGAUCCAACGAAGUGUUGCGUUACUUCGUUAAUCAAAGAAUCUCCUGGAACUUCAUCAUUGAAAGGGCUCCCUGGUGGGGAGGUUUCUGGGAGCGCUUAGUCCGAAGUGUCAAGACACCUCUGAAGAAAGUGCUCGGUCGAGCAACUCUGAAUUUUGAACAAUUGCGAACUUUAAUGGUGGAGAUCGAGUCAGUGAUCAAUGCAAGGCCGAUCACCUACGUGUACGACGACACGAAUUCAAUCUCUUAUCCGUUGACGCCUUCAGAUCUUGUUUAUGGGCGACGUGUCACAUUAACACCAAACAGCGCGCAUCACGAGAUUAUCAGUACUCACCAGUCAUUGACAAGGAGAGCUCACAAUCACAAGAAUUUACUACAGCAAGUUACAAAACAGUGGAGAAAGGAAUAUCUCACUAGUUUACGUGAACAGUCAAAUGCAAGGAACAAAGAAAAUGCCGUUCAAGAAAUCUCAGUUGGAGAUAUUGUGUUGCUCAAAAACGAUUCAACGAAUAGAAUUCACUGGAAGAUUGCAAGAGUUGAGGAACUUAUUCCCGGAGCUGAUGGAAAAGUUCGUGCUGCGAUCGUCAAAGUUGGAAACAGCGACAAGCGACCAACCUAUUUUCGCAGGGUCAUACAACAUUUGAUUCCAAUCGAGGUCAAGUCAAGUACAAACAAUGAAGACACGAGGCCUAUUGCCGAUGUUUCGAAUCAAGCUGUGCGACCUCGACGUACUGUGGCUGUGAUAGGGGAGAUCAGCCGUCGACAAAUGAACAUUGUAUAGUCUAUUGUAAAUAUAUUUUUUGAUAAAUCCGGACAUUGAAAGUUUCUCACGGCGUGAAUAAACUUUGGGGAGUGUCAUAUUCUUCGCGCACGUUACACGCGGACCCAAGUGAACUGUCACGUUUUUUGCGACUCGUUAUGUAAUGUUUUGUUUGUACAGUGAACCUUUGAUCUAAUCGAUUGACAUUUGAAACUAAUUAAUGUAUAUUCGAUUCAAGCAACGUUCUUCAACAUCGACAUCGGGGCUAGGUUAUACUGUAAAUAGGCACAAAGACAAUUAAAGCAAUUUCAAUUACAGUAUACGAUUCGAAGUUAUUUUACAAACCUCUUGUAUGACCAGCUCUCAUAACAAAAGUGACCAUGACCACUUUUUUGCGUGAUGUUUUUAUAGUCUUUCAUUUUUUUAAAUAUCUUGUAAGCACCCACUUUGCACAUGGCAUGGUCUCUUUGUUCAUUGUACAUACUGAGCCACUAGUAAGAGUAUAUGAAGAACUUUCGAUGAUGACAUGGAACUACAAGAAGUACUCCUUACAAUUAUAUAGAAAUUGCAUGCCAUAAAUUCUCUACCAAAAUGUUGAUUAGUGUGCUGGGACCUCUUCUUCCACACAUUCAUCCAUUUUUUAAUAUUUUUAUCAGGCAAAAGAGUUUGUGAAUGAUGGUUUUAUUGAUGCCAUCAAGCAUUAUGACUACGAAGAUUCAAGUUUGGACAAGGCUGUGGAUGAUCUGCAAUCUAAAGUUAGUAUUAUAUCAAACACUCCCUGUUGAUUAUCAGCGUGCAAAGAAAGUAGUGUCCGAUAGCCCGGGGCUAGUGGAUUUUGCUAUCGGGCUAGUGAAUUUUGUUUUUAACUUGCCCGACGGGCAAGUGAUUUUUUUGAGUAAUUCGAAUAAAGGAAGAACUGUGAAAUCAAUUCUGCAAGUCAAAACGAUUUUAGGGCUAGUUGAAAUGACGUUUGGGCUAGUAAAUGCUAGCUUCAGCUUGCCCGAAUGGCAAGCUGUAAAAAUGAUUUUCUUUGCACCCUGAUUAUAAUGUGAUUACUCAGGGGAUAAGAGAUUCUCCAGGUCUUAUAUAUCUAGGAUCAUACCGUUUUACUUGGCCUGGGGCAGUUAAUAUUUAAUUUUUUUUAGUCAAGGGAUGAAUAAGGAUACUUUAUUUCUCUAUUCAGAAUCAUAUUUUUGCCUCAAGAUGACGUUGUCUUUUUGAAUAUUUUAAUGAGGUCGAUUACUCAAUUGGCAGAUAACACCCUCCUGAAAAUAUUUCCUACUUAAUAAUGACUUAAAAAACAAGUUUACAUCGGUGUAUACUUAUACAACAUGUAUUUAUUUAUUUAUUUUUAUUUAUUUAAAUUUUAUUUUAUAUAUUAACUGCUUACUAACCGAGCGCAAGGGCCGUACUGGGGAAUAUUGGCCCGAGGUCGUGGCUGCGCUCGGUCCGUACUACUGCCAUUGGCAAAUUCAGGAUAUAAGGGAUGUUAAGUCUUGCAGUUGUUACAUCGGGUUGUGUAUAUGCUGUUCACGCCAUGUUUUUUGGCAUUAGUUCAGGGCUGUCAGAAAGUUUUGAAGAAGACAGCUGAGUUGUCAAAGUAAGUGGCCAGCACUGGAGGUGCAAGCCUCUAGGGGGGCCUAGAAAAUUUUAAUAUUUAGAUGCUCUGAAAUGCUGUUUUCAGGCUAUUUUCUGUCCAAAAUUACUGAAAAUCCGGAGAAUAAAUUAUGCUCUUUAUCUUCCAAUCUUGCUGGUGAACGUUUGGAAAACUGUGUGAUCAUUCCUUAGUGAGCGGCCUAAAUAUCAUGUGCAUUCUUUUUGUUUCUCAGUAAUUCAUAAAUUUUACGAAUUUCUGAGAUUUCAAAAUGCAGAAAUCAGUAGUUUUUGGUGGGUAUUUAAUUAUUUUUUCAUUCACCUGAAAAACGUUCUUAUUCAAGAAAAUGCAGUUCUAGAUAGAAACUUACAAAGAUUAGACUGAAAACACUACACUUGUUUACAGAGAUCAUUUUAGCGGUCCACACACAUUGUGAUUGACUUAAAUUGCAAAUGUUUAUGUUUCUACAGGUGUGUUAUUGCUAUUGUAAGAAAUACACAUUAAUGUUAUAAACAACAUAGAAAAUACCUAACUUGCUUUUUUUUGGCACCGAUGCUCACAUUUCCAUAAGGCCACGUUCCCAUUUAGCCAUUUUCAGUACUUUUUUAUUCUGCAUACAUGAAGCACUUGUGGGAAGAACUGAAACUGCUGCUCACGUAUUUGUUGUGACAUUUUUGUCGAGCAAAGUUGGAACAAGCAAAGUAUUGAGUUUUGUGGCAUUUUUCAUAAUACCAACAACUGCAAGUGACACAUGAUCACUUGCUAUAGUUUUCAGAAGAUGUUUCUUAACCAGUCCAGGGAUAUUUAUUUAAAAAACACCAUCCAUAAAGAAAUGCCAAGCAGAGUAGCCAGCCAAUACUAACCAAGUAGGUGGCCAUUUUCGCCGGCAGCCGGCUACUUUUGACAACCCUGUUGUUGGGCUAUUUGUUCUUCACAAAGCAUGUGAAAUAUCUGCUAUUUUCUCUCGCUGGUUAUGAAGAAUUAGCUAGGGGAUUGAGCCAAUCAGAAAAAGAGGAAUGUUUUGAAUGUAUAAUAAAGUUUUAUUACUAGCAUGUAUUGAAUAAUAAGACAUGUAUUAUUUAUGUCUAGUUGAAAUGUUGUGGUAGUCAUGGCCCGAUUGACUGGAUCAAGUAUGGUCAGCAUCACCACCCUCCACACUCAUGCUUUUCUGAUCACUACUCCCCUUACACAGAGGUAUGUAUGGUUAAAAUAAAUCUUGAAGUAUUUUAAGUUUUCAAAGUACUCUCCUCCCACCAAAGUGGCCUUGAGUUCAAAUGUGGCACCUAAACUUGUGCGGGCUGAGUUCAAUGUUGGUUCCCUUCCUUGCUGAUAGAGGUUUACUCAGGUUUUCCCCUCUCCUUAAAAACCCAAGACUUAAAUUCCUAUUCAAUAUGAAAUACAAGGACACAUUUGAAUGAGUUCUUCCUAAGUGCUCUAUGGACAUCAAAUUACAAUAAUUGUUACAAACAAGGUACAAAUUUUUACCAUUGUAAGUCUGAGGUGUAAGCUGCAUAUUAUGAUGUGGUGGAAUUUUAUCCUUGGUUUUAUAAAGUCUAUUUUCCUUUGUUUGGGGUAUGGUAACCCCUUGUAACCCUCUGUAACCCCUUGUAGUCGCUGUCAAUCAGUCAAAAUUAAUAACCAUUUGAAAUUGAAAUUAUCUAUCAAGACACAACUGAAGUUGCCAUACUUGGUUCUUGCUUCAAUUAAUUUGUUUACACUGGUUUUUCUAUGGCUAUUUUUGUUUGAUGACUUAAAAAUGAAAGUUGGUCCAUAAAAUUAAUUACCUUUCUGCUUAUAUUGAAAGGGCUGCUUAGAUAAGAUAACUGAUGAUGUCAAGAAAAAUCUCUCUUACGUCUUGGGUACUGCUAUUGGUGUUGCUGUAUUGCAAGUAAGUGAUUGUAAUUAUUAUUAACCCAUUCGCCCCUGAACCGCCCGUAACCGCCCGUGCGGAUCCAGGUCCUUUCUACCCAUUGUGACGUCAUCAGUUUUAACGGCCAAGGACAACUUUCUUCACUAACUUGUGCAGAGUGAAGAGAUCUUUCAAACCAUACCAGAAUGAGCACAAUUCAGUCAAGGACACCGGAGAAACAAGCAAAAAACCACGUGACAUUGACCUGAAAAUCUCCAUGAAAAUCUUGUCUUAUUACCAGGGUUCUCAAUAGAAGGCGGCACCCGGCGAUUGAUUGCCGCUUACUUUGGGAUUUAUAGCCGCUUACUUUGUGUUUAAGUCGCUUUUCUUUGCUUUGUUUUGACACCUCUGACUUUGCUGAAGAGCCUCCUACUUUAUCAGUGAUCACCUCCUAUUUAAAAAUCUAUUGAGAACCCUGCAUUACCCACCUACCUUUCCUUUUGCCUAAUCCUAAGAUCCUAAAAGCUUUCCUAAAAACUCUUCCCACCAAAAUCAAGCCUACUAAAUGCCCAGCAAGAGAAAAAAAAAAUGAGGCAAGAAAAGCAAAAAAAGAAGGGAGGAGAGAAAGCGAAAAGUAAAAGUCAAGACUGCUGUGUCACUUUUAAACCCAAAAACUAUGUCGAAAUUUUGCUUUCUGCGCAUGCCCGAACUUCGCAAGCUGAUAUUUUGCAUCUGGAUCGGAAGACCGCGAAGUGUUCGACCUGUAAACCAGUUUGUGGUAAGUUUUAGCUCUUUAUAGCACGACAGUGACCAGAAAACCACUCGACUAGCUUCAAAACGCGUUUUUCGGCAAAAUCUCUAGGAGCGAAUGGGUUAAUCAUAACUAUACAGUUAACAGCUUGAAUAAACUCUCCUCAGCUCCAAGUUUCCAUGUUUGAGAGGUGCCCCUUGCCCAGCCCCCCGCCCCAGGGCUCAAAGUUGAAAUUUGAGUUUGGGAGCACUUGUGUUGUGCUACUAGAUGUAAAUGUUUAGGCACACUGCUGAAAUUUUAGGCACACAGCUGAAAUUUUAGGCACACUGCUGAAAUUUUAGGCACACAGCUGAAAAUUUUAGGAGCACAGUUUACAAUCUUGGGAGCAUCUAUUUAAAAAGAAAAGGUAAAAGCUUGACGCCACGUUUAUACAUGUCAUCUUCAGUUUGCUACUUUUCAUCAGUCCUGUGAUUGAUAAAAGACAGCUGCUUUGCCAUGCUUUUGAAUGGGAUCAUACUUUGCUCAGCUUUUCUCUCCUCACCCGUCCUUGUCACCCUAGUCAGUUAUGCAUAAAUUAUUUUGUUACUAACCAUAAAGGAUUUGCACCAAUUUGUCUUUAAAUUCCUGAUUUCUGUUAUCUGUUAAUUUCUCAACAGUUACUGGGAAUGAUCGUAGCUUGUUACCUCAUGUGCUGCAGUCGAGAGUCUGGAUAUCUGAGACUCGAAGGAGGAAUUCGUGUGUGA